AGGUUGGGGGAGGAGGGUGGGUUGAUGUCUGCUGUCCGUGUUGUUGCUGGCAUGUGGCGAUUCAUCUAGAUCUGAUGACAUGUGUGCCUGCUUUACAUGUGUCCUGGGAUCUGAGAGUUGGUGACAAGUGGGUGUGUUGCAGUUGUACAGGUCCCUGUGUGUCCGUGGAGGUCUGUUUUGUGUUGAUAUGUGUGUGAGUCCGGAGGGGUGUAGGUCUUAUCUGUUGCGGGUGCCUUACGGGGAGGGGCACGUGUGCCUGAGAAGUGACAGUGCCCCAGCUGGUGUGUCUGUCUGUGCUUGUGACGGCCGCAUUGUGAGUCUCUGUGGCUCCGUGGGCAUAUUAACAGCGGGUCAGUGGGUGAGAUCCUGACAGUUCGUGUAUCUGUUUUUGAGAUGGAGGGGCUGGGGUGUACCAGCCAGCAUGCAGUGUGUGGAUAGCUGUUCCGUGGUCUGUGUGUAUGUGUGUGUGUGUCCUGGGACCUUCUCAGUGUUUUGGGGUACAAAUAGCAGGCCUGGUGAGAGGUUGGGCGGGCCAGUCCUGCGUGAGCCCUGUGUGUGUGUUGUGUACCCUCCACAUACACCCCCUCUUGGUCCUGUGUGAGUACUGGUGUUUGUUGUGUGAGUAAUCGCAGUGCCUGGCUGCCCUCCGUGUGUGUGUGUAUGUGUGCGCACGCAUGUGUGCGUGCGCCCAUUACUGUGUUCCAAAAGUUAACCCUGCCAGCCCAGGCCCUGUGUGAGUCCCAGGUUGGGUGACUUUGUGUUGGGGGGCUGUCAGCCCUUAUACUCACGCUGCUGACAGGCCUACAAGUCUGGGACCUGCAUGAGCCCCUGUCCUUGCUGUGAGAACCAUCCUGUGCCUCCACGUCCCUGGUCCCUCCUGCCCCAGGGAGCGCCAUGGCCCGAGCACGCCAGGAGGGCAGCUCCCCGGAGCCCGUAGAGGGCCUGGCCCGCGACGGCCCGCGCCCCUUCCCGCUCAGCCGCCUGGUGCCCUCAGCGGUGUCCUGCGGCCUCUGCGAACCCGGCCUGCCUGCUGCCCCGGCCGCCCCCGCCCUGUUGCCCGCCGCCUACCUCUGCGCCCCCACCGCCCCGCCCGCCGUCACCGCCGCCCUGGGGGCCCCCCGCUGGCCUGAGGGUCCCCGCAGCCGGCCCCGAGGCCCGCGACCCGACGGUCCUCAGCCUUCACUCUCGCCAGCGGAGCAGCACCUGGAAUCGCCAGUGCCGAGCGCCCCGGGGGCCCUGGCGGGCGGCCCCACCCAAGCGGCCCCGGGAGUCCGGGGGGAGGAGGAGCAGUGGGCCCGAGAGAUCGGGGCCCAGCUGCGGCGGAUGGCGGACGACCUCAACGCGCUGUACGAGCGGCGGAGACAAGAGGAGCAGCAGCGACACGGCCCCUCGCCCUGGAGAGUCCUGUACAAUCUCAUCAUGGGACUCCUGCCCUUCCCCGGGGGCCGCAGGGCCCCCGAGGUGGAGCCCAACUAGGUGCCUGUACCCGCCCGGUGGAUGUCGGGGGCUCGGGGGGGCAGGACCCUCCCAACUCCCGACGCCCUGGCCAGCGCGGGGGACUCUUUCUGCACCAUGUAGCAUACUGGACUACAGCCCUGCCCAACCCAGGGCGGGCCAGGGCAGCCACUCCCGACCCAGCCCCGGCCUAGCCCCGGGGAGCACUGAUGGAGACGUGGACUCCUGGGCCCCUGGCUGAGGGGCCAGGGGAGAGAGGGCUGACGGACUCGGCGUCUGAAGGCGGCGGGGACCGAGGGGGCAGGGCCUGAGCUGCUCCCCUCUGCCGCCCACCACCAUCUCAGGAAAGGCUGCUGGUGCUGGCUGCCCAUUCCAGCUGCAGCGGUGACACUGGGGGGCGGGGGUCUCUCCCCCCAGCGCUCCUUCACUUUGGGCCUGGCCUCAGGCCCCUGGUGCUUCCCCCCCUCCUCCCGGGGAGGGGGCCCAUGAAGAGCAAAUGAGCCAAACGUGACCACUAGCCUCCUGGAGCCAGAGAGUGGGGUGCGUCCUGAUGGGUGCCCCGGCCCAGCGCCCAGCCAUCUUCCCUGAGCCAGCCGGCAGGUGGUGGGCAUGCCUGCCUCACCUUCAUCUGGGGGUGGCCAGGAGGGGCCCAGACUGUGAAUCCUGUGCUCUGCCCGCGACCACCCCCCGCUCCCCCCCCCAUCAAUCCCAUUGCAUAGGUUUAGAGAGAGCACGUGUGACCACUGGCAUUCAUUUGGGGGGUGGGAUAUUUUGGCGGAAGCAGCCCCAGCCUUAGUCCCCUGGGCGAAGCGCUGGGGGGAGAUGGGGAGUCAGGGAGGGGGGGAAAAUCUCAGAAGAGGGAGGAGUCUGGGAGCGGGGAGGGAUGGCCCAGCCUGUAAAAUACUGUAUAUGCGCUGCUGUAGAUACUGGAAUGAAUUUUCUGUACAUGUUUGGUUAAUUUUUUUUGUACAUGAUUUUUGUAUGUUUCCUUUUCAAUAAAAUCAGAUUGGAACAGUGGA